AUGGGUCAAGCUCACGGCGGCCGCCACCGGGCCAUCUCGCGCAUCGACAACUUCGACCCCGUCGUCCACCCCACCUUCUUCCACCUCAACCACCCGAUCCGCUUCGUGCGCCUGGUCGGCACCGUCGUCGCCGUCGAGGACCUCGGCCCGCGCUUCGUGCUGCUCACGCUCGACGACGGCAGCGGCGCGACGCUCGAGCUGAAGGUCACGCGCCUGUCGCCGGCCGAGAGCGCGGCGCUGCAUGCUGCCGCCGCUUCCACUACUACUACCACCAUUCCUACCGCAACCACCUCUUCCUCCUCCUCCUCAUCAUCAUCCAUUUUUCACACCAGCGUCGACAACCUCGUCGUCCGCAGCGCCAUCGGCGUCUUCGAAGUCCUGGUCGGCGGCGUCCCCAUCGACAUCGGCACCACGAUCAAAGCGAAAGCCACGCUCGGCACCUUCCGCGGCGCGAUGCAGGGCGUGCUGCAGCGGUGUUGGGUGCUGCGGGGGCAUGGUGGAGCGGGCAACGGCGGUAGCAGCUCGACGCGCGACGAGGCGGCGGAGUGGCUCGGCACGGCGACAUUCAUGCUGUCGGUGCUGGCGAAGCCGUGGGUGCUGAGCGCCGACGACAUCAGGCGGCUGGAGCGGAGGCUGGCGCGGGAGGAGAAGCAGAGGCGGGACGAGGAGAGGCGGGCGGAAAGGAAGAGGGCGGAGAGGGCGAGGAGGAAGGAGGAGGUUUAUCGGGAGAGGAGGGAGAAGGUGAGGGUGUAUGAGGAGAAGGUGGAGCGGAGGAGGAGGCAGGAGGAGGUGUUGAUGAAUAAGGGGGCGUUGGUGUAG